GAGCCGCGAGAGUGAGGACUCAACAAACAACCUCCUCUCCUGCGGCGCAGUGGAGCGGCGUACCGAUCUCCGCUGGUAGCCAGGUGAGCUUCGGCCAGCCAGCCUAUCCGCAAACGUGACGAGAGUCCACGGUGUGGUUCCUGAAGCACUCCCCAGUUGACGUACUGAACAAGGCCAGAACCGAUCAAAGUGACCACACGUUGCGUCAUGUUGCAGGAACUGCGCACAGCAGAGCACAUGAAGAUGAAAAAAGAUGGGUGAGUGGCUGACCGGACUUGACGAAAAUGCACACAAGUCUUGUAUAACAAUAGGAGAGGCCAAGGCCCGGCAACAAUGGGUAAGUACUGAGUGGACGUGCUGAGAUUGCAGUAGGAGGCUCCUGAUUGUGGGGCGCUGUGACAGAGUUCCAAAAAUUACACGUAGUCAACUACUGAACUAAGGCGUCCUCAAUACAGUGCAACUAUUCAGGGCUAAGACAGGCCAGAUAUGAGAAUGACGUCUGUUCGGAACCCCCUGGUUUGGCUGUCUGUGGUGUGCGCCGUCUUGGUGAGCGUGCCGGCGUGGGCCGGAGGAUGGGACAACAACCGGGACAACAACCGGGACUCCAGGGCCUCCGGACAGUCCUUCGACUCGGUGCCCAGGAUGACGUCACAAGUACGUCAGAACUUCCAUGAUGAUUGCGAGGCUGGAAUCAACAAACAGAUCAACCUGCAGCUGUACGCCUCGCUGGUCUACAUGUCCAUGGCAUCCUAUUUUGGUCGUGAUGACGUAUCCCUGCACAACUUCCAAAAGUUCUUCAACCACGCGUCUGACGAGGAGCGUGAGCAUGCGCGGAAACUGCAGAGCUAUCAGGCCAAGCGCGGAGGGAGAGUCAUCCUUCAGACGGUACAGAAACCUGAGCGUGACGAGUGGGGCAGCGGACUGGACGCCAUGCGGGCCGCCCUGGCGCUGGAGAAGAACAUCAACCAGGCACUCCUGGACCUGCACAAGGUGGCGGGCAGCAGGAACGACCCACAGAUGCAAGACUUCCUGGAGAGCGAGUUUCUGGGUGAGCAGGUGGACUCCAUCAAAGAGCUGGGUGACCACGUGACGAACCUGAAGCGCACGGGCGCCGGGCUGGGAGAGUACAUGUUCGACAAGUUCACUCUGGGGAAGGGCGAGCUGUGAUGCCGCGGAGGAUGGCAGGAUCGGGACCUUUCCUGAAAACUAACUAGUCGAUACUAUAAUUCAAACAAUUAUGUUAAAGGGAUAUUGUAACAUUUAAUGUCCUCCUGGGCCGGGUUUGUUAUGGGUUGCGUUGCUUUGUACUCCUUUUGUUCCCUAAAAGCCGAUCUUGCGAUGGAAAAAUAUCAAGGGGGCGAUGAACCUUAUAAUGUCCCCUUUUUUUUUACUGAAAAUUAGCUAAUACGCAACCAACUGGAGAAUCUGUAUUAAACUAGGAUAAAGGCAAAUCCUCACGUAUAACAUUCUAAUCAGUCAUUAAUAGAGUAUAUUCAUAUUUUACUGUCUUCGUCGAGACUGUAUUACCAACAACUUUCCAUGUCGAUAAUGUUAUGCAGAAUAAAGAAGUGAUAAGAUCUAAAUAUGAAAGAUCUGAAUCAAA